GUUUUGAGGUGUUAUUGGUUCCCAGAUUCUCCAUUACUCUCAUCGUUUUCUUCAUCAUUCAACAAACACUGCCCUCUAUUCUGUACCCUCUUCCCUUCUCUCCUUCUUCCCAUUCGCUAUUCACCAAUCCCUAUCACCCUUCUUUACCUUUUCACCAAGUAAUUGAAGUCUUGGGGGGCAUGCACUCAGAGCAAGUUAGUUUCUGGUGUAGAUAGAGUUACAUGUGUUUUUUCAGGAACAUGGCAACACAUGAUAUGGAUCCUGAUGUUGUUCGCUGGGGUCUUCAUCUCCUGGAUGGUUGUACGUUUUCCCAUAGAGCUUCGCCUAGUGUUGUUACUCGAUGUGAUCCGGAUUUAGGUCGAGUUGAAUAUGUUAGGGAAGGCUUCUGUCAGAAUUCUUAUGUGGACGAUGAUGAGGCUGUUGCGCGUGCUUAUCAAGAAGAGUUGUCGCGACUUGGUUCCAUGGAAGCCUCUGGGAUGUCAAAUUUUGGUAAUGAGCAAGUGGGGGCGUCCGUUUAUCCACCAGACUGGCUUGCUUCUUCAAAUGGAAACUAUAACUUUGGUGGCAACUCUUGCGAGAACUCUGUAGAUGAGUCAUCCAGUAUGAAAGAAGUGGAGAAUUGUGGUCCAGGUGAAAGGGAAAAUGAUGGGCAUGAAAAUGGAGGUUUUGAUCCGUCUUCUGAAUCAGGAGAGAUGUCUUAUAUCAGUGAUGACUUUUGGCAUACAUUGGAAAUAUCAGAUGAGUCUUCUCUUGAUGGCGAAGUAGGAAAAAGGUUAAAUCAGAUGGUUCCCAUUCCUCAUAUUCCUAAAACCAAUAUAAAAAUACCAUCUGAUGAUGAAGAAAUAUCAGAUCAUCAAAGGCUGCUAGACAGACUGCAGUUAUAUGAGCUGGUUGAGUCUAAGGUUGAAGGAGAUGGUAACUGCCAGUUUCGUUCUUUGUCAGAUCAGCUCUAUCGCUCUCCAAACCACCACAAAUUUGUGAGGGAGCAAAUUGUUGAACAGCUCAAGUCUUGCCCAGAACUAUAUGCGGGUUAUGUUCCUAUGGCUUAUAGUGACUAUUUGAAGAAAAUGAGCAAGAGCGGUGAAUGGGGAGAUCAUGUCACGUUACAGGCUGCUGCAGAUUGGUAUGGUGUCAAAAUUUUUGUGAUUACAUCUUUUAAGGACACAUGUUACAUUGAGAUUCUUCCACAGCAACCGAAGUCUGGAAGAGUGAUAUUUUUGAGCUUUUGGGCAGAGGUGCAUUACAACCCAAUUUAUCCAGAAGGAGAAUUGCCUUCAUCCCAUGGUUCCUAUCUAAAGAAAAAGAAGAAAUGGUGGAAUAUCGGUGGCUAGGAUCAUUGCACGGUGGAGAUGCAACUAUUUCACGCAUCAGUUCCUUCAUUUUUUUUCUUGUAUAGUAUUCAUUCUUUUGUAUAUAUAUAGAUUAUUUUAUUUCUCCUAUUUUUACAAAAACCAAGCUGCCUCUGAUUCAUUUUUCUGUGUCUGACCUUUGUAGUCCUAUUAUGGUUUUUUCUUUUCUUUUCACA